CCACACAUAUAAGAAUUAUUAUAAUCAUCAGUUUAAUGUAAGUAAAUAUAAAAAUAGACAAAUUUUAAUGUGAGUGAUUACAAAAUAUAUGAGUAAUGAUAUAUAAUUAAAAAUAUUAAAUUAGAGAGAUUUACUAAAUGAUGUGAAUAAAUUUUGAUAAAUACACAAAUAAUCAGAAUAGAGAUAAUGCAGAGAACAAAAUCGCACGACAAUGUCAAAGAAACUGUCGAAACGCAAGUGAUUACGGCGAUGCAGAAGCAAGGAUACUCCUUGAAUGCUGUAAAUAGUUAUGAUGAGAACUUGCUACAUAUAAGCGCAGCGAAUGAUUGUUUCCGAAUCGUGAAGGAAAUUUUAAACCAAAAGGAAAACUAUCAUGUUAUAGAUAGGAAGAAUAAAUUUGGCUGGACUCCACUGAUGCAAGCAGUUCGUAAUGGAAAUAUCGAUACUGUAAAAUUGCUUUUAAAGAAGGACGUCGAAGUUAACAAAGUGACUUAUCUCGGUAUGUCAGUUCUCGGAUUAGCUGCUGCGAUUAACAAAGAAAUGUUUGAAACCGUAUACAAUGCUUGUCCGGACGCUUUAGUAAACGCGGCUAAUGAUGACAUUACUCCCUUAUGUGUUGCUGCUAUGAAAAACGAUAAGGAACUCUUUUUUAGACUGUUGGAAUUGGGCAUGCCGACUGAUAAUGAAUACACUCGUCUCAUAAUGAAACAUUCUACGAUACCGGAGAUAACCGCUUUGGUGAACGCAGAUUCUGCGAUGGAUGAUUAUUGGAACGAUACAUCAGAUAAUAUCCAAGUUAUAGAGGAGAAUAUUGACGAUACAACAAAAGAUUCUAAACUAAUUUCAAAAAAUAAAAAUGAAAAACACAAAAAUAAAUUGCAUUUAUCUCUAGCUACAGAAUUCGACAAGCAAGAUUUAAUAUCACCAAACUUAACGUACAACACAUUUGUCCUAUCCCCGAAUGCUGUUCAUUUUGAAAAAAACGAUCUUACAAAGAAAACAGACGUAAUUUUUCAGAAUAAAGAUGAAAGCAAGAAAACAAUGGAAAAAGAUUGCACAACGAACGAGUUUGAAUCACCUUCUGUUGUACUUAAAAGAUUUCAAUCGAUACAACUUACUGAUUUUGAUACAAAGAAUUUCUCUUGCGAUCCUGAUGUCACUCUUGGAUUUACACCCGAAUUUAGCCCUCCGAAAUCACCCCAUGUACCUCCAGAUAUUAAUGAGGAGAACGUAUUUGGCGAAAAUACUCCGACACCGCCGCGCUGCAAAACGCCACCAAAAGGAAUGCUUCUGAAUUGGUCGCAGACGAAAAUGAUUUCAAUACUAAGACGUUUUAGACUGAGCCAAUAUAUUCCUAUAUUUCUUGAACAGGAAACAUCACAGAUCAAGUACCCAAAGAGGAUAGUUUCUGGAAUUCAACCCACUGGAAGCGCGCAUUUAGGCAAUUACUUUGGUGCUAUUCAAAGAUGGGUAGAAUUACAGAACUCAGGCGAAGAAGUUUUGUGCUUUAUAGCAGACUUACAUUCACUAACUUCGUUACAAGAUCCCAAGAAAUUGCGGGAAAAUACUCUGCUGAUGACUGCAACAUUGGUGGCUUGUGGUAUAGAUUUUGAAAAGAGUAUCUUGUUUCAACAAUCUAAAAUACCUAUGCACACAAAACUGUUUUGGUUUUUAAGUAGUAUCACAACUAUGCCAAGGUUAGCGCACUUACCACAAUUCAAGGAAAAAAGACAAACCUUAAAGAAUACUCGGCUAGACUUGUUCAUUUAUCCUGUUUUACAAGCAGCUGAUAUAUUAUUAUACAAAGCAACACACGUUCCAGUUGGACAAGAUCAAGCUCAACAUAUACAAUUUACACGAGAAUUAGCGCGUACAUUUAACAAAAAGUUUGGGCAAACCUUUCCAAUACCAGAUCCCCUUAUCAGUGAUGGCCCAGACCAAAGGAUCAAGUCCUUACGUGAGCCUGAGAUGAAAAUGUCAAAGUCACAUACAGAUCCCAAGUCCAGAUUAGACAUCUUGGAUGAAUCAGAUGAAUUGUUGGAAAAAAUAAAGAAGGCUAAAACUGAUUUCACAUCUGAAGUGACAUAUGAGCCGGAAAAACGACCAGGAGUGUCUAAUUUAAUUAAUAUACAUUCUCUGUUUACUGGGAAGACACCAGAUGAAAUAUGUAAGGAAGCUGUAGAUUUAAAUACAGGAGAAUACAAAUUAGUUUUGGCGGAUGUAGUGAUAGAAAAAUUGUCUCCAAUUCGUAAGGAUAUAUUGAGAUUAAUGAAAGAACCUGCUUAUUUGGAUGAAAUUUUGAAAAAAGGCGCAGAAAGAGCGACAGAACUUGCGACAAACUGUUGCGAGGAAGUUGAAAGCAAAAUUCUUGGUACUGAUAUAAUACAGGAAGUGAAAAAUAUAACAAGCACUGCAAACAUCAUGUAA